AGGGUGCGUGUAGAAGGGCCAUAUCAGAACUGGAAGGCGCACCCGAGGCCUCCCGCCCCACGCGCUGAGCUUGGUUUAGAUUACUCAGACAGCCCGUAAUCCUUAGCUGACACCUAGGUAACACGCGCCCUACAUGUGAUGCUUCAUCCUGACUCCACACUUCGUGAGUUAUUUUGCAAGUGCGAUGGACUGGGUUCAAUCUUAUAAGGCGUGUCCGCAAAAGGUGGGGUUUCUGGAUCUCCCGCGCGAGUUAAGGGACUAUGUGUAUGGAUACGCCUCCCGUGUACAAGGCGCUAUUUUGCUAUACUCGCCGAAUCCAUAUGCUAUGAUUCCCUACAGUAAGGCCAUGCAGGUUCGACACAAAGGCGAAGGUCCGGUCGAACCACAACCGUUGGGUACCGUGAUUCCUAUCGCACUCCUUACGGCCUGUCGCCAGCUUCAUGUCGAGGGUAGUGCCAUAUUGUACGGAUCCAACGCCUUCCGCCUCUGGUUUCUUAGCGACAUAGAAAUCCGGCUUAGCUAUCGUCAAUUAGUGAAGCACAUCAUCUUCACGACGGAGGUAGACUAUCACAUCUUCAGUCACAACCUCGAUGAAGUCAGCUAUUGGUGGAAGCGACGCUUCUGGCCGAAUCUCAUUAAGAAUAGCACCAGCGCGUUCGAGCGCUUCCCUGGCUUGGAGACCCUGACCUUUCCAAUAAAACCGCCGCGACACGGGGAGUCGUGGAGACCUGCCUUCUUUGCAGUAGCGAAUAAGACCCGGCAUCAGCGUGUCACUCUCGCUGCAAAUUGGAUGAAGUCCAGGUGUCCUCUGGAGAACGAGCGACUGCGCGAGUGCCUGCAGUUAGAGCUUGUGCCAUUUACAAGCCGUUCGAAGGAUGAGCCUGAUGAGGAGGAAGAAGAAGAAGAGGAGGAGGAGGAAUGGGAUUGCACGGAAUUUGUGGAGGCAUUCGAGUUGAUGAAGACUUUAAGGUGAUUCGCCUAAAAGAAGCUGCGAAGACAUCUGGCUCAAAUAUAAUAAAGGCAGAACCAGAUUGUCAGCAGCUGCGAGCCUCCUGGCAAUGCUUGAAGGCGGCUAUAGAAUUUGGAAGAUUAGGUUCAUUGAUGAGAGAACUUUGCCAAAAGUGACGGAUAGAUACCUUGACAGAACCAGUGAUAGCUCAAUUAGGGCAUAGGUGCCUUUGAAAUCUUCUUCAUUGUAUUCUCAU